AUGGCGGGUGUUCUCUCCGUCAUCCGUCGACUGUACCUCACUCUCUACAACUGGAUCAUCUUCGCUGGAUGGGCUCAAGUUUUGUACUUUGCGAUAAAGACUUUGAAGGAAACGGGAUAUGAGAAUGUCUAUGAAGCCGUCGAGAAGCCUCUCCAGCUUGCUCAGACUGCUGCUGUUCUCGAGAUUCUGCAUGGACUAAUAGGUUUGGUCAGAUCUCCUAUUUCUGCAACUCUGCCACAGAUAGGCUCGAGGCUAAUUCUCACUUGGGGAAUCCUAUACAGUUUCCCAGAGGUCCAAUCUCAUUUCCUUGUUACCUCGCUGGUCAUAAGCUGGUCUAUCACAGAGAUUAUUCGCUACUCCUUCUUUGGUCUUAAGGAAGGUCUAGGCUUUGCACCUUCAUGGCACUUGUGGCUCAGAUACAGCAGCUUUAUAUUGCUAUACCCUACCGGUAUCACCAGUGAAGUAGGUCUUAUCUACCUUGCCUUACCACACAUCAAGACAUCUGAGAUGUACAGCAUUAGGAUGCCUAACACAUUGAACUUCUCAUUCGACUACUUCUAUGCAAUGCUACUCGUCCUUGCAACCUAUGUCCCAGGAAGUCCACACAUGUACAGGUACAUGCUUGGGCAGCGAAAGAGAGCUCUCUCCAAAUCCAAGAGGGACUAA